GGCCUUGCUCCGGUGGGGAGAGCAGGGUUUCAUUCCCACACUUCCUGGAGGGCCAGGUCACUUCCGGAGAAGCCUGCUCAGCAUCACGGAGCCCAGCAGGACGGCCUGGACCCAGGAUCAUGUCCCUGCUUCUGCCCAUGCUGCUCUUCCUCGGGUUUUAUCCAGGCCAGAACACGCAGGAACAGAACGGAAAUCUCUCUCCACCGCUUAUCACAGCUCUGCCUGGAUCCUUGGUUCCACCAAAACAGCCUGUGACCAUCCUGUGCCGAGGGCCCAAACAAGCUGAAGCGUACAGGAUAACCAGAGUGGGAAGUCCUGAGCCCCAGGAAAGAGAGGCCAACACGGUGGCUUUCCCAGAGCUAAGCCCAGACCUUGUGGGCCCGUACCACUGCUCCUACAAGAUUGGAGAGGACUGGUCCCCGCUCAGCAACCUCCUGUAUCUGGUGAUGACAGCUUAUGAGAAACCCUCUCUCUCGAGCAUGACUGGCACUGUGGUGGCUUCGGGGGAGAAUGUGAAAUUGCAGUGUUUCUCCAAAGUAAACUUUGAAGCAUUUAUUCUCAUCAAAAACAAUGGAAGUCACACCUUCCAGGAACAAAGCUCCACCCCCCAGGGCAGAGGAGCCCAGGCCAUCUUCCUCUUGAGUCAAGUCUCCUCUGCACAGGCAGGGACCUACAGAUGCUGUGGUGUCUUCAACCAAGGCCCCUUCCUGUGGUCUCAGCCCAGCAACCAAGUGCAGCUUCAGGUCAAAGAAGCUACUGAUCCUGAUGCCACAGAGUCCGAACAUCCAACUGCCAGGCCUCCCACCCAAACCUCCAAGGAGAAACGCCUAGGCCUUCUGAUUGGUGCCCCAGUGGCCUCUGGUCUCCUGCUCCUCGUCUUGCUCCUCCUCGUGUGCUGUUGUCGCAAAGCCAGAAACAAUGCUGCCAGCAAAGAGAGGCGGCCAGAGGCGGCUGGACCCACGGAGGGACAGUCUCCCUGCCUUCCCCAGGCCUCUGAAGCACCAGACCCGCAGGAAGUCACCUACUGCCAGCUGACCUGCAGUGUCCCCCAGCGGGGGACAGCUGGAUCACCCUCCUUGGUGCCCAGGCAGACCCAGACCAGCGAGUAUGCAACGCUCGCCCUAAGAUGAGCCAGGCACCGGUGCCGGCAUUUCAUCAGGACGGUGGAACUUCCAGCUGCCUGUUGGUGGCUCCCUCCUCUGGAAUUGAGCUUCCAAAUCGGAGGCCAUCAGCCUGGCUGAGGGGACCCACGUUACUCAGACAGUCCUGCUGCUCUCCUCCGCCCCGAAAUCUACAGAGCUCAACAGGAUCACCCAGUCAGCUCCAGGAUCUCUAUUGUAAUUGGCCGGGGAUUCCUGAGACACUCCAAAGUUAUCAGAAAAGCCACAGGGUCAUGUUUCUUAACUUUUCAUUGUGCAUCAAUUAAACAGAUAUGCUUAAAUUGG